GGGUCAAACGGGUCACGGGGCUCCGUGUACGAUAUCUAUAUAUACACACGAACAGAACCCUACAAGGGUUAGGGUUUUGGGUAUCUCUCUUCAUUCAGGCGCGCGCAGAGGAACUUGUUCUCUGAAGAGCUGAAGCCUCCAACAUGGCUAGAGGAUUGAAGAAACACUUGAAGAGGCUCAAUGCACCAAAACAUUGGAUGCUAGACAAACUUGGUGGUGCCUUUGCACCCAAGCCAUCAUCUGGACCACACAAGUCAAGGGAGUGCCUGCCUUUGAUCCUAAUCCUGCGAAACAGACUAAAGUAUGCUCUAACAUAUAGAGAAGUUAUUGCCAUCUUGAUGCAGCGCCAUGUUUUUGUUGAUGGCAAGGUUAGGACUGACAAGACAUAUCCUGCUGGUUUCAUGGAUGUUGUUUCCAUUCCCAAAACAAAUGAAAGUUUCCGUCUUCUGUAUGACACAAAGGGUCGUUUCCGACUCCACUCUGUAAGGGACGAAGAGUCAAAGUUCAAGCUCUGCAAGGUGCGAUCUGUUCAAUUUGGGCAAAAGGGCAUUCCCUAUUUGAACACAUACGAUGGACGCACCAUCCGCUAUCCCGAUCCUCUAAUCAAGGCUAAUGACACCAUCAAGCUGGACCUGGAGAGCAACAAGAUCACUGAUUUCAUCAAAUUUGAUGUAGGAAAUGUUGUCAUGGUUACCGGUGGAAGGAACAGAGGUCGUGUCGGUGUCAUCAAGAGCCGGGAAAAGCACAAGGGAAGUUUUGAGACCAUCCAUAUCCAGGAUGCUACUGGUCAUGAGUUUACAACUCGCAUGGGUAAUGUCUUCAUUAUUGGCAAAGGGACAAAGCCUUGGGUGUCUCUUCCCAAAGGCCGGGGUAUCAAGUUGUCUAUCAUCGAGGAGGCUAGAAAGAGGCAGGCUGCUCAACAUGAAACAACUGCCUAAAUUUUAUUAAACAAUUUUGCUAACAAUUUUGCUGCCAAGUUUUAGCUGGUUUUGCUCUUCGGCUGUCUGAGCAUAGGAUUUUUGGUGAAAUGUCUGAGCGUAGUUUUGUGACAAACUUAAUAUUACAAUUGUGAUGUGUUUUUCAGUUUUUAUUACCUUAUCAAUAUUAUGUUGACAUGUUACUGAAUUUUUAGGGGGUAAAAGAUACUUCCCUAUUAUUUA